AUGGGUGUGCUGCGUUGUUUGUGGGUGCUGACGUGUGUUUUUGCUGUGGCCUCGACAACCACUCUGGCUGACACGGACAAUGGUGGCGUUCCCUUGUGGAUCGACCGCUUGUUGGGCGAGCCCAGCGUGAUGAGCCUGCGGGGCCACUUAGAUGCAGGAUGGUACCUGACAACAACCCACAGGCCAAAGUGUGACUGCCCCAUUCAGUGGCCCACCGCACUGUACUGCGACCACAGAGGCAUAGCAGAUGUCCCGCAGCUCCUACCAGCCAGCACGCAGUACCUUUUUCUACAGAACAACAACAUCUCGUCCCUCACUGCCUAGUUUCUGGCAAACAUCACAGGACUACACUUGCUCAUUCUGGACCACAACCGAUUGAAAAGUGACCAGCCGGACCGGGGUAUCCUACAAAACCAGACCCAACUGGCUUACCUUUUUGCCAACCAUAACCACCUGAGCUCAAGACCCAAUAAUCUGCCAACCGGUCUGAAGCAACUCCGGCUGGCCUAUAACCAAAUCAGCAACAUCGGGCCCGAGGCUCUCAAGAACCUGCAUAACUUGACACUUCUGCUUCUGCAAGGAAACAUAUUGAAAACCAUCAAUGAAGGAGAGCUUGGAGGUCUUCUCAAUUUGAAUUUGUUGGACCUCAGUGGCAAUUCCUUCUCAUCAGUUCCCAGACAUUUACCGACCUCUGUGCAGCAGCUCUAUCUGUCCAAUAACUCCCUCACUGGGCUUGAUGAGAACACUUUUGUGGGACACGUCAACCUCAAGUACCUUCGUUUAAGUCACUGCCACUUGCAAAGCCGCAACAUCCGCUCCCGGGCCUUCAACCUCUCCAGCCUAGUGGAACUUGACCUUUCCUAUAACAAGUUUACGAGCAUCACUACAGUCCCCAUCACCCUGCGACACCUCUACCUAGAGGCCAACGAGAUACAAGGCAUGAUGGUGGACCGUCGGGACAGGGAACGUGCAGGAAGCGGUGUGCGUGAGCAGGUGGCAGAGCUUGGCGGCGUGGCUGGAGCGGACCGCGAGACGGGGGCCAUGGAAGGAGCACUGGAGACGACGAAGAAGAACACAAGGAGGUAA